UGCAAUGUGCAAAUGGCGGGAAAGGGGAAAUUCUAGCUAAUUUAAACAGAAUUAAGAACAAAUCGAUUAAGACUUGAAUUAAUUAAUUUUUGCUUGUAAUUAUUGUGCGGCGGCUGUGGGGGCAAACGGAACGAAGCGAUUCGAUAACAUGGCGGCCAUGACGUCACGCCCAGCCACGGCGAAGCUGGGAGAAGACAACAACAAAAAGCACUUUGAACCGGCAAGAACUGCUAAAGGCGAAAUAUUUUGGCAUUAUUAUUAAAAAUUCAGUCUUUUGGCAUUGGCACGGGCCAAGAGACACGCAAUUAACAUUCGGGCGCACGCUGUGCGAGCGAGCGAGACAGCGAUCGAACGCUUACUCAUGCGAGAGACUUUCUAUGAAUAUAUGUACAUAUUUCCUCGGCGAUUCGAUGUGGAUGUGAAUUGUUAUUAUACUUUUUGUUAUUAGUUCAGCACUCGACAUCAGCCGUCACCCGUAAACGAUGUCCGAAGAUGCCAAGAGUCCAGGACCACGGACGCGGAACAUCAUCGAGAACCAGCUGUUCCGCCGGCAGCGCAGCCUCAAAUUGGAGGCACUGCAGCGCCAGCGGACCUUGGAUUCCGGCGACGGGGCAGAGGGAUUGGGCCCGGAUCCGGAACCCUUCGACAAGACCCACAUCGUCAUCAUCUUCACGGAGAAGGCCAAGCUGAGACACUGCCAGGAUGUGGAGAAGAUCAUCCAGGAGUUUGGCAUCCAAACUACGCUGGAAAUCGUGGGAAAAACCGAAAAGUACCUAUACCUGUCGGCCAGCGUGGAUACCUUGCUGCGAUUGGCCGAUGCCGCCGAGCUGGAGAAGAUGACGACCACGAACAGCAUGCAAAAGUUCAACAACGGCUGCAUCUCGGACUUCCUUUUGCCCGGCAUGGGCAAGGAUCAGAUCCUGCGCUACUGCGAGAUACCUGUGCUCAUCAAGGAUGUGAUCCAGGACGGCAUUAAGUCGUAUGUGCAAAAGGGCUACAUUGAGGAUAUGUUUCCCCUGCACGAUAUCCUUUACCUAGAUCGCUUCAAUUGGAACCUGAAACGCACCAAGCUGCCCAUCGAGGACAUCCGCAACUACUUCGGUUCCAGCAUAGGCCUCUAUUUCGGCUUCAUCGAGUUCUACACAAAGGCUUUAAUUUUUCCCGCUGUUUUUGGCAUACUUCAAUGCGUGUUCGACCUGAAUAUAUCGCUGGUUUGCAGCUUCUAUGUAGUCUGGACCACGAUUUUCCUGGAGCUGUGGAAGCGCAAGUGCGCCGGCUACUCGUACCGCUGGGGCACCAUCGAGAUGAGCAGCCUGGACAAGCCGCGUUCGGCGUACACGGGGCAAAUGAAGCCGGAUCCCAUUACGGGCAAGAUGACGCUCCACUACCCGAUGCGCUACACGUACCUGCAGAUGUACUGCAUCUCGUAUCCCGUGGUUCUCGGUUGCGUGGUGGCCGCUGGCUGGUUUGCCCUCUACCAGUUCCAAAUCGAGGCCGAGGUGCUGGCGGACUUUGGGCCCGAAUCGUGGCUACUGUACGUGCCGGUCAUUGUGCAGUCGGUGCUGAUUGCGAUCUUCUCGUGGGCCUACGAGAAGCUGGCCACAUUCCUAACCAAUCUGGAAAACCAUCGAACGCGUUCGCAAUACGAUCGUCAUCGGGUCAACAAGCUGAUGCUCUUCGAGAUCGUCAAUAACUUCUUCUCGCAGUUCUACAUUGCCUUUGUGCUGCACGAUUUGCGGCAGCUGAAGUACCAGCUGAUGAUGCAGCUGCUGGUCUUCCAGUUGCUCUGCAUCGCCCAGGAGAUUGGCAUACCGCUGCUGGCGGUGCUGCGCCAGAAAUACGCCGAGUUCCGUCAUCGCGAGGUGGCCGAGGAGAAGCUGCGUUCGAUAAGCGAUCUGCCACGCUACGAGCAAUCGUUCUACGAGUCGGGCCUAGAUGAAUACCAUUCCACGUACGAGGAUUACCUGCAGGUGUGCAUCCAGUUUGGAUUCGUCGUGCUCUUUGCCGCCGUCGCCCCCUUUGCGGCCAUUGGUGCGCUGCUGAACAACGUCUUUGCGGUGCACAUUGACAUGUGGAAGCUGUGCAACAUCUACAAGCGGCCAUUCGCCCGAAGGGCCAAGAAUAUCGGCGCCUGGCAGCUGGCCUUUGAGCUGCUCUCGGUGAUGGCGCUGCUCAGCAACUGCGGACUGCUCUUCCUUCAGCCGAAUGUCAAGGACUUCUUUUCCCACUGGCUGCCCUCGGUCCCUGAUCUUUCGUUCGUGAUCUUUGAGCACCUGCUGCUGGGCCUGAAGUUCCUCAUCCACAAGGUCAUUCACGAACGACCGCGCUGGGUGCGCAUCGGACUGCUAAAGGCGGACUACGAAACUAGCCAGGCACUCAAGCAACUCAAGUGGGUCUCACCAAUCAUCAGCUCGGCUGGAAAGAGAAAUGCAACUCAUGCCCAAACUCAACCUCAAUUUAUUUGCAGGAAAUUCAAGGCGGAGGCCAACAAGAUGGCCUGAUACGAUGGCCCAGAUCUCCCACUCCUUUUGGUGCUAAUCAAACCAGUCCAUUUUAAAGGUUAUUAUUUAUAUAAAAAAAAACAUACAUACUAAGCGCUUUUACUGUGAAUGUUUGAGACCAUCGGAAGAAGAUGAAGAAGAAGGUGCCUUAAACCUAAAACUCAUAUAAAUAUGUCCACAAAUUACUUGA